UUGGAGAGAAGACCCAGAGCAUUAUCAUGGGCUGUGCGACAUCCAGCCAAUGUAAAGACACCCCCUUCCCUAUGAACUUUGGGAUGGGAAAGACAAGAAGGUCGAGCUUCACCUGCUGCCAGGGGGAUGCCUGCACACCGUCUCCCAUUUCAGUGCCCCCAGCUAAGACCGAACCCAACGGCCGGCGCUGCCGUGGCUGCUACUCUCUGUCCUCUGAGCACUGCCGUGAAGAGACCAUCAAUUGUACUGGAGUCGAGACCCACUGUGUCGAGAUCGCCGGGACCCUAACAUCAGGUGGAACUGCCAGGAAGACCGUCAUGAAGGGCUGCGCUACCGAGUCUGUCUGCACCCAGAUAGAAGCAGGGUCUGUGACCUUUGCAGGGUUCAGUGGAGAUCUAACCACAGCCAAAUGCACAGCGGCCACCAGCGCAGCCAGCACAGCUCUGGGACCAGCCGGGCUCCUCCCUCCCACCCUCACUGGGCUCCUCCUGCUAACGCUUCUCUCCUGA